AUGAGUUCACAUAACUUUCAAACUUUAAUUUUCUUUUGUCUUUUUAGUUUCAUUGUUUCUCUUUCUCAUGCACUAAACAAUGGUUUCAGUGUUGAACUCAUCCACCGUGAUUCUGAAAAAUCACCAUUUUUUCAACCUAACCAAAACAAAUACCAAAACUUUAUCAAUGUCGCACGUCGUUCAGUCAAUCGCGCCAGUCAUUUCUUUAAAAAUGCAGUAAAAAAUGCACCCAAAUCAACCAUACUCCCCGAUGACGGUGUAUAUCUCAUGACCUAUUCGAUUGGUACUCCACCAUUUAAGCAAGUCGGUAUAGCUGAUACCGGUAGUAGCAUUGUUUGGCUUCAGUGUGAGCCUUGUGAACUAUGUUUCAACCAAACUACUCCUAAGUUUAAACCAGCAAAAUCAUCUACUUACAAAAACAUUCCUUGUUCGUCCAAUGUAUGUGAAUCCGUGAGUCGUUCGUCCUGCGGUGACAAAGAUAAUUGUGAAUAUUCUAUUGUCUAUGGCGACGGAUCACAUUCAGUAGGAAAUGUUAGCGUUGAUACUCUUACAUUGGAAUCCACCACUGGUGUUUCCGUUUCAUUUCCUAAAACAGUUAUAGGAUGCGCAACUCACAACAAAGUUUCUUUUGAAGGUAGAAGCUCUGGUAUAGUUGGUCUCGGAAUCGGCCCAAAUUCUCUUAUAACACGGUUAGGACCCUCAAUUGGUGGUAAAUUCUCUUAUUGUUUACCACUAUCAUUGGUUAUAUCAAAUUCAACUUCAAAUGUUACGAGUAAACUCAAUUUUGGAGAUGUUGCAAUUGUUUCUGGUACUGGUGUUGUUUCAACUCCUAUUAUUACUAAGAACACAGAAACUUAUUACUAUCUGACAUUAGAAUCAUUUUCCGUCGGAACCAAAAGAGUUGAAUUCGCAUCAUCAUCUUCAUCAUCAACUGAUGCUGCUGGUGAAGGUAACAUCAUCAUUGAUUCUGGUACAACAUUGACAUUUCUACCGUCCAAUAUCUAUUCUAAUUUGGAAUCAGAAGUUGCAAAAGUUGUGAAACUCAAGCGUGUUAAGGAUCCUGAUCAAUUAUUUAGCCUUUGUUAUGCACUCACGUCGGAAGAACCUAAAUUUCCUUUGAUCACCGCGCACUUCAAAGGCGCGGAUGUUGUGUUACAUCCUAUUAGUACUUUUGUUCAAGUUUCUGAUGGCAUUACAUGUUUUGCAUUUCAAUCCGCUCAAGAUAUCGCCAUCUUUGGAAACUUGGCACAACAAAAUUUAUUGAUUGGUUAUGAUCUUAAAGCAAAGAAGUUGUCGUUUAAGCCUACAGAUUGUUCUAAAGUGUAAGCUGGUAUUGUAGACUUUAGUAUCAUUUUCCUUUGA